UUUGAAUGGAUUUUAUGUGUUGGGGUUGUGUUGUAUUAAAAUUCAUUUAGCCAUGCAUGUAUUUAAACUAGGUGCAUAAAUUUUCAUUUUGGGUCUGCAAAAUUUACGUUCAAUUUUGGAAUAGUACGACACCUCCAUUAUAACAUCAAAUUGUGGUCAAUUUUGUUCAGUAAUAUGAGGCAAUAUGAAUAAAUCGGCAGAAUUAUCACACUAAGUAAGGUUGAGAUUAUUCUGUCGAUUUCACGUACAUAUACAAGUGUGAUACUAAACUAUGUUAGAUUCCUUUUUUUGGUAAUAUAGUUUAAAAUGAUAAAAGUAAAAAAAAACAUAGUACAUUAUCCAGAAUUCCAAGUGAAAUUUUUCUUUAAUUAUAAUUUCACUUUAAAAAAAAAUUUAGUUUUACAAAAAAAUUUCAGAUAUUUGACUUCAUUUUCAGAUACAAUAAUUCCAAGUUUUGCCACCAUAAUUGAAAUUAAUGAGUACUAUCUAAGUGUUUGAAUUGCGUUUUAAUUUAUGUUGCCAUCAUCUCAGCCUCAUAGUGUGUCAGGAAUCAGUUCUUUGAUAAGUUUAGUUGAAACUUGAAUUUAAGAUUUACUUGCAUGCCUUCAGAAAAUGCCAAUGCCACUGCUUGACUAGCUUGUGGAAUGCAUGUGUUGGAAGAUAACAUGUUUGACAGUUUGUUUAUUCAGCAAUAGUUAUAGAAAUAACUCACAAACUGUCAAUAUUUUGGUAGUAUGAAUUUAGAGUUUCUAUUUAUCAUAGAGAAAUAGAUAUCUUGUUAUAGUUCUUAGUUAGCGUUUGCCAGAUUAUGCCUUAAUUACAAAACUGUGCAAAUCACAUUUUAUUUCUAGCACCUCAUAUUAAAUAUCUUUUUUGACAAAUUGAAAUUUAGAAUUUUUAUAUAUAGUGAAAUAAAUAACUGAGUCAUAUUUUCAUUGAACAUUUGCUAUCUGGUGACUAAUCAUUUAACAUGGUGUGAAAUGGUAUUUAUAUGUGAUGGUGAUACUAUCAAUUAACCUUACAUGAAUGACCUGUAAAAUCGUUUUGGCUUAGUAAUUAGACAUUGAUAUAAUUUGGAUUAAAAUUAGUUUGAAAUAUCAUUCGCAUUAAGCAUUUAGUUCCUGGUUUGGUCCUGAAUUCGAAGCAAGUUAACAAUUGUCAUUUCAUAGUAGUUCCUAGUUCGAUAUAUCUUUACUUUAUGGUCCACAUCCACAAUUUAACUGUGAACAGGGUUGCCAAAAAUUGAAUAAUUUACUAUAACUAAUAUAUUCAGAAACAAUAGGUUCGAAUAUGGAAUUUCAUUCCAUUUUUUUUAUAAAUGGUGUUUAACAAAUAGGAAGAAUGUGUUGUUAUUCAAAAUAUUAUGUGCCAGUUUUUGGCAGUUGUUCAAUGUGUUAACUUAUUAAUCGAUAAUUCAACAUUCCUAUAUAUUUUCCAACAAGUGAGAAUAUGGAUUUUAAGUGUUAUUGUAGGAUUGAUAAAUUUUGUCAAUAUAAUGCGGAGUAACAAAUAUGAAUGCAACAAAUAUUUAUGUAACCAAAAUAUUGAAGACGAAUAAAUAAAAUAAUUACCAAACUGCUGAGAAUGUUGUUAUGCAAUAAGUAGUUUGGAUUGAAAACUUUUGAAAUUGAAAUUUUUUUUUAUUAUAGGACAAAUUCUUGUGCAAAUUUCAGCUUCUAGGCAAUGUAAGUUCUCUAAUUUAAAAAAGGAUAUAUUUAUUCAUUUACAACAUUUUCAUCAUUCUAAGUAGUAAUAUACAUACUAUUCUAUCAAUCACCAUUCUGAUCAAGAUGUUGAAAAAAAUAUCUGAAUAUAUGGCCAAGAAUAGAGAAAGAUAUACAUCUUUGGAAGCUUCAGAUUCUGAUGAUUCAGGGGAAUUUAUUCCUCCUCCUGCAGCUCCGGUUGGUCCAUCUGUUAACACAGAAUCACAAUUGAAUGAAAUAAUAAAAAAUCUUGGAGGUGAUUUGGGAAUUUUGACUCUCGAAGAAGAAACUCAAUCAGAUGCAACAAACCCUGGUGAAAACACAAUUGGUGAAAGUCUGUAUUUAACUGCAUAUGAUCAAACCAUUUGCCCUUCUGCUGAAGAAACUUUGUUCAACUCGUUUUCAGUUACAGCAGUCGGAGCUGAUUUGAACUAUAACGGAGAAACCAGUCCCGAUUCAGCAAUUGCAAGCUCAUCUAAGUCAAGUAUCUGCAGUAUAGACUCUGUGAAAUUAAAUUUUGAUUCUGCAUCUGAUCUACCAGAUAAACCGUUACAAAUCACCAAUGCCAUUGACGCAGAUCGACCUUUGACACCACAAAUUACGGACGGCCAGUUUUUUACAGGCUUAGAUGACACUCCGGUAGAUCAAGCAUUUUCAAAUUCAAUUUUGGAUACAACUGUUAAAGAAGCCGAUAAUACAGAAGAAUCUUCAAUUGAGAAUGCUGUAACUCAGUCUUCUGAUAAUACUGAUAAGGAAGAUAAAAAUAUUGAAUUGCAAGAUAAGGAAUCAACUAUUGAUGUGAUACCUGAUAUUGUAUCUGAUACUAGUACAAAAACACAAAACGACCACGAACACGACAAAAAAGACGAUAAAGUGCCAGUUUCUGUUGAAGAGACUAAGUUAGAAAUACAAUCAUCAACAAGUUCUCAAAAUAACGAAAAAAAGAAUUCCGAAUUCAAAAUGGAUGAAGAAGAGAUACCAAUAGGUCGUGGGGCCUACACUAUUGAUUUUGAUAACUUAGAUGAUUUCAAUCCAUUUCAGUCUACAAAAGCUGUGAGUAAUUCUCCUGAUGUUCCAGAUAAGCCUUUUCCUGCCAGCAUAGUCAUGCAAAAAAAUCUUUCUGUUAAUGAUCCAAAACCUAAUGUAGAUGACGUUACUGCCAUUGAAUCUAAUCAUAUUGAAAUAGAACAAGAAAAACCAACCAGUGUUUCUAAGAUUGAAAAAAGUGUUUCUGACGAACCUAAUCAACAAUCAAUCAUAAAUGAUGUAUUACCGACGCAAAAUGAGAAAAUCGUUCAAAAUGAAGUGGUGAAGCCUGUGGAGAAUAGCAUUGAAGAACUGCAUUCAUCGAAAACUGAAAAAAAAUUACAAAUAGAUUCAAAACAAGAUCUGCAAAACGAGGAUUUAUCAAAAUCUAACCAAGAAGACGAACCAAUCCCUAUCUCAAAAGGAUCAUAUACUCUAGAUCUCGAUAAUUUAGAUAGUUUAGAUCCUUUCAAGACCAGCAAAGGCCUUCAGAAUUCUCCUACGAAGCCAACUUCUACGUAUAGCUUCAAUCUUGAUAACAUGGAGGAAGCUGAUCCGUUUAAAUCCAGUAAAACUUUGUCAUUUUCUCCUCCUAAAUCUCCAGUGAAGAAUAAUGUUGGAUUUUUGAAACACAUGAAUAAUAAUGAGGAACCCUCUCUUCCUGAACCUGUUAAAAAGACGAUUGUAGAAGAUAGCAAUGUUGAGAAAGAUCCUGAAAACAACAAAAAAACAAACGAUUUAUUGAUAAUAAAUGAUGACGUGGCUGGAAAUUUGGAGAAUGUUGAUCCCUCACCCAAAAAGAAGCCAGCUAAGAAGCCAGUGUUAGGAGCAAAUAGGAAGAAAGUCAACCGACCUAUGAAAAAAAAAGAAGCUCCAAUAAAGGCACCAAAUUCUGAACCAGCACCCACAGAUUCAGAAGAUGAAAUCAUACUUCCGAAAGGAUCUUAUUCAAUAAAUUUUGAUGAUCUUGAUAACUUCGAUCCAUUUAAAACAUCAAAAGGACUUUGUAAUUCUCCUACUAAAACCGUGAGCGAGCAGUCUUUUGCUCCACCACCUAAGGUCGAAGAAGAAGUAAAGCCUGGAACAGUAGAAGACUCACCAGGCAAAGGAACACCUGUUGAUCCACCUGGAUUAUUGACAAAGAAAACAGAUGAGCCGAUGCAUCACGAAAAAGAGGAAGAAGAUAAACCAGAAAUAUUAGAAGAUACAAAACCAGUUGAAAUCGAGAAAUCUCCUCUGAAAAAACCUGCAAAGAAAGUUGGAGGAACACCUGGAAAGAAAAAGAAGAAACCACCUGCUGCAUUCAAACCUCCUGAACCAGAAAAUAAUGAUGAAGACGAAAUUCCUUUACCAAAAGGAACUUAUAAUCUUGAUUUUGAUAACUUAGAAGCAAUGGAUCCUUUUAAAACAUCAAAAGGUCUUGCCAAUUCUCCAACUGACAAAAAGUCAUCCAUAGAUUUUACCAAUCUGGAUUCGAUUGAUCCAUUCAAACCAUCAAAAGCGAUGCAGAAUUCUCCUCCAUCCUCACCAAAGAUUACAGUAAACGACAAGAAAGAAAAUGUAUCAGCACCAGUAGAGUCAAAUAAUGACAAGGUUUCAGAAGAUAAAUCCAUUGUAGAAUCUACAGCUGAUAAAGCUGUUGAGGAAGAGAAGAAACCUGAAGUUAAAAAGCCGGUAAGGAAGAAGACUAGCUUGGCUCGGAAAAAGCUUAUCAAACCUGGUUUGAAAAAGCCUCCCCCUCCAACAGAAGAUGAAACUAACACGGAUGAACCUCCGUUACCAAAAGGAGCAUAUAAUCUGGAUUUCGAUAACCUUGAUGCAAUGGAUCCUUUCAAAUCAUCAAAAGGAAUUUCCAAUUCACCAACCAAAGAUGUUCCUAUAUCUGGAUAUACAAUGAACUCGGAUGACCUUGAAUCGAUCGAUCCGUUUGAACCGAAGAAAACAUUGAUGAUGAAUUCACCACCGCGUUCUCCCGCUGGAACUAAACCUGAACCUGAGGUAGUUGAGGAGCCAAAGAAAACACCAGUGUCGUCAGUUCAAAAGAAAAAGAAGAAAGUAGUUACGAAGGUACCUGAACCUUCUGUUGAGGUUGAUCUUGAUAUUGCUGAACCUCCGUUACCGAAAGGAGCAUAUAAUUUGGAUUUCGAUAACCUUGAUGCAAUGGAUCCUUUCAAAUCAUCAAAAGGAAUUCCCAAUUCACCAACAAAAGAUGUUCCUUCAUCUGGAUAUACAAUGAACUCGAAUGACCUUGAAUCGAUCGAUCCGUUUAAACCAAAGAAAACAUUGAUGAUGAAUUCACCACCGAAUUCUCCGACUAAAACUGAAAUUGAACCUGAGGCAAUAGCAGAAACCAGUGAGGCGGAGGAAAAAGAAGAGUCAACACAAAAGGAAGCGCUUACAAAAGUUGAGGAGUCGAGUGCCAUCAUUGAUUCCAACGCAGAACCUCCGUUACCGAAAGGAGCAUAUAAUUUGGAUCUUGAUAACCUUGAUGCAAUAGAUCCUUUCAAAUCAUCAAAAGGAAUUUCCAAUUCACCAACCAAAGAUGUUCCUUCAUCUGGAUAUACAAUGAACUCGGAUGAAUUUGAAUCGAUCGAUCCAUUUAAACCGAAGAAAACGUUGAUGAUGAGUUCACCACCACGUUCUCCUGUUGUCGAAAAUGACAAGUUAAUAGAAAAUACACCGGACAUUGAAAAUAAAAUGAGAGAUCUAACAUCAGUUACAAGUACAGAUGAAUUGGAUCCAGCUUUUCAAACUGCUAAUGAGACUGUAGAUAUUUCAACAACAGAAAAGCAGAAUGAAAACAAUUAUGUCGAGAGCAUGGAAAUUACAAAGGAAAAUGAAGUAGCUGACUAUAAGAAACUACAGCAAAUGGAGUUUGAUAAAGUAAAUGAAAAUGAAGAGUUUUAUCCAGCGAGUGCUGUUUUUGAAGAUUCUGCUUCUCUUGAUUAUCUCGAUCAAUUAUCUGGAUCUAAGCCUCUAACAGAAUCCGAUCUAAGAAAGCAAUCGCUUUAUGUUAAAUUUGAUCCGUUGGUCGGCAAUUCUCCAAUAAAACAAAUCGAUCAACAAAUACAAAAAGACGCUCAACUAAAUGUAACCAGGGAUAUUACAGAAAAUAACAUUGAUGAUAAAGCAAUUGGUGAUCAUAUACAAGUAAAGGAACAACAGCAAGAAUCUCAUUUACCAACGGAAACGAAAUCAAAUGAAAUAAUAUCUUUAGCAGGAACAAAUGAAGCUGUAGCACCACCAUUCCAUGUUUCCAGUGGACUUGAACUUCAUUCAGUGUCGAUGGAUAGUUUUAAUAAUCAAUCUUAUAUAAGUCAACAAUCUUCUGCUUCUUCUAUAUUUAAAUAUACCCAAGCUGAUUUAGAUAAUGUUAGAAGAUCUGCUGAACAGGAAUGGGAAAAAGAAAAAAAUGAAGCUAGGAAAAAAGAAGAGACAAUGAAAGCGGAAGCCGAACAAUUAACUACUGUUGUGAAAGAAUACGAAAGACUAUUUGCUGAAAUUAACAGUAAUGGGAAGAUGACUCGUGAACAACAGUUAUUAAAAGCAGAACGUGAACAAUCAUUAGAAGAUAUGGCUGCAUUAGAAAGAUCUCAUGAAGAUUUAUGCAGAAGAUAUAAUAAGUUAAAAGCUGUUGUAGUACAAUUCAAACAGAAUGAAGAUAUUUUGAAAAAAUCAGCAAAUGAAGUGAUGGAGGAGGCAAAAGAAACAGAAAAGAAAUAUAUAUCUUUGAAAGUAAAAGCUACUGAAGAGAUUAAAAAAGCGAAUGCUGAAUUACAAUUUGUCAAAAUGAAUGCACAACAAGAAGUAGCAAGGGCACAAGCUCAACUAAAAAUGUUAGAACUUAAAUGUGAAUCUUUAACUUCACAAAUACGAGAUUCUAAAAAAGAAAAUGAAGAAUUAACAAAGUUAUGUGAAGACUUAUUUGCUUGCUCAAAACAACAAGAAUAAAUUUCAGUAGCCAUAUUUAUGUAUAUGCACAUCCACAUACUAUUAUUGUUCAGUACAAUAGUCAAUCUUUGGAAUAUUGCAAAGUUCAGAAAAGCGUAAUCUAGACUAGAUUAGAUUUUCAUCGAUGGUACAUUCUCUAGCGGUUGACCUUAAUUUCGUUCCAAGAUUUUUCUUUUUUCUUUCUCAGUCGGUGUGCGUGACUUGCUUUGAGCGAAUUUUCUUCCAAAAAAGAGAACAAAAAAUUUGAAAGCGUUUUGCAGGCGCGUUGAAAUUACAUUAUUCUCCUGGAAGUCUAGAGAAUGAUAUCAUAAAUAAAUUUGAGUUCGAAUAUGAAUUGAACGUAAAAGUAUUAUUGGAAUGGCCAUUCAAAAUGUCCAUAUUGUGUCUUCGUUUCUGCAAAAAUUCAGACGAAAAAGCAUUGUUCAUUCUAAGCAAAAUCUUCUCGAUUGUUUGUAUUCAAAUCUUUGAAACAGAGCAAAUAUCUUGUCCAGAGUCCAAAGCAAAAUGUCUUUAACCAUUUCUCUCGUUGUCAGGACGAUUUGUCAAAAAUAGGGCAUAAUAUCUCAUUUACAUAAAAUCCAAAAUCUACUCUACUUAUAUUUAUAAUGAAAAUGCAACAAGUGUUUAAUUGUAAGAAAUGAAUGAACAAAACUAUUCCCUGUUUAUCAUGAGUUAUAACGGUUAUUAGGCUGCUGAACUUUGUCUUGUGGCAGGUUGUUUAAACAAGUCUGCUAGUCCGGUUUAUAUGGUGGAUGCAUUGUAUUAAAGUGCCUUCAACUUUUGCAAGUUAUUUUUUGUUCGUACUCUAUUUUGUAAAGCAAUUUAUUUUCAUUGUAUAAAGUUUUUUUUUGACACUUGUUUGUUUCCUUAUGUUGUCAUGGUAACUUAUUUAUAUUGCUGCUUGUGGGUGGACAGGUAACAAUUUAAUAGUACAAUUUUUAUUGUCAUACAUUCUUCGUUCUAUAAUGGUUGAAAAUUAAAAAAUUUGAAACUUUAUUGGUAAAAAUUGAAAAAUCUGGAAUGUAAGAUGGAAUAUUUUGACGAAAUUUCAGUUCUACUACACUCAUUCUGUUCUGAUUAAGAUAAAAAUGUAUUCACUGCAUUGUAACUAUAGUAUUUCAUAACAUAUUUUUAAAUUUGAUAAAAUCUCUCCUUUUCCAUCAAAGCUAUUGUAAUACUUGGGUACUUUACAACCUCAAUUCUCCAUGAUUUAGAAGAAACGAGUGUUUGAUACCUUCAUUUCAGUAAACCUCCAUAAACCUUG